AAACAUCCAAACAGCUAUGUGAUCAAUCCAUCACAUGAGACACAUCAAAUUCUUCAUGCUGGGGAAACUAACCAACUGAGGAAAAUUGGAACUAUUGAUUUGUUCUUCCCAGAAAAAAAUACAAGAAUGUGGCAAUGUCACAUGUUUUUCAAAUACACGUCAUGAUCAGGUGUAACACAUACAACCUGAACUAAAGAAGUAUUGGGUUUCUACCUGACAGGGCAGGCUGGCCUCUUCCAGCUACUGUUACUGGGCCGCUCUCAUCACUAAUUCAUGUGUUGAGCUCUCGAUGGGUAGCUGGUUGAGUCGGAGGGACAGACAUCACCGUUCUAACAGUGAGAAGAAGCCCAGUUCAGAAGAAGACCCCCUCACCUGUGUUGUGGCCCAUGCAGAACGGGGAUCCGAUGAGCCCGCAGGAGACAAAGCCAGCUGGGGCCAUGGAUGAUCACAAGGCCCAUACCCCCAACGUGGAGCCCUCUGCCCCGCCACUGCCUCCCCCCUCGCCGCCUCCACCGGGACCACCGGACUACCCCAGGCCCAGGCUCAUCUUCCACACACAGCUGGCACAUGGCAGUCCCACAGGGCGCAUCCACGGGUUCACCAAUGUCAAGGAACUGUACGCCAAGAUAGCAGAGGUCUUCAAUAUUUCACCAUCAGAGAUUUUGUUUUGCACCCUCAACUCUCACAAAGUGGACAUGCAGAAGCUUCUGGGCGGCCAGAUUGGACUAGAAGAUUUCAUCUUUGCUCAUGUUCGAGGGGAAACUAAAGAAGUGGAGGUCACUAAAACAGAAGACGCAUUGGGGCUCACCAUCACAGACAAUGGAGCGGGCUAUGCCUUUAUCAAGAGAAUAAAGGAGGGCAGCACCAUAGAUCGACUGAAGACUGUGUGUGUAGGUGACCACAUUGAGGCUAUCAAUGACCAGAGCAUUGUGGGAUGUCGGCACUAUGAGGUGGCCAAGAUGCUGAAAGAGCAGCCCAGAGGGACGCCCUUCACCCUCCGGCUGGUUGAACCCAAGAAGGCUUUUGAUAUGAUCGGCAUGAGAACUAAAGCCCCCAAGUCUAGUGAAGGCAAGAUGGUGAAUGGGAAGGAGACGCUGCGCUUAAGGUCUAAGGGAGCAGCCACAGUUCAGGAAGUGCAGAAUGAGUUUGAGGAACAGGCUACCAAAAAAGUGGAUGACCUAUUGGAGAGCUACAUGGGAAUACGAGAUGUGGAGCUGGCUACAACUAUUGUUGAAGCUGGAAAAGACAAGAAGAACCCCGAUGACUUUGCAGAGGCCCUAGACUCUGUGCUGGGUGAUUUUGCGUUCCCAGAUGUCUUCCUUUUUGAUGUAUGGGGAGCUAUUGGGGAUGUGAAAAAUGGCAGAAUCUAAACAAAUAUUUGAGUGACGCAUUUGGGUUGAUCCACUUGAGAUUGUAAAAUGUAUAUAUCAAAUCCCUGCAGCUCUUAAUGCUCAUGACUCCUGUUCACUGUUUCAACAAUGCUUUACACCCAAACAGGAACCCAGCCCAUGACUUCCUACGAAAAUUAGUAAACAACAAAGCCAUUUGUCUGCUUUUUUGCUACUUUAAUGUACCUUAUAUCCUGACACUAAUUUCUUUUGUUUUCAAUUUUUUGCCAUGAGAACAUUUUGUCCCUCGUUUUUGACGAAGCCUUGAAAUGAUGUAAAUAAAAUAUGUGACACCUGCAAAAA